CAUGUCGGCGCUGGGCUGGCGCGGAGGAGCAGCGCGGCCAUCUUGCCUCGUCCGGGAGCGGCGGCGGGGCGGGCGGGGGGCAGGCAGGGAGAGAGAGGGAGCGGCGGGCGGGCACCCACCGAGCGUCCGCAGCCCGCGGGGCGCCGGCCUUCUCGGAGCCUGGGGCGGGCCGCGAUGCGAGCGGCGGCGCGGUGAAGCGGGGCCGCGGCGGGGGAAGGAGAGGGCAGCCCCCCGGGCGGCGGGCCUGCGCUAGCCGUGCCCCGGCAGCAGCGGGGAGAAGCCGGGCUGCGCGGCGCCCCGCUGCCGCCUCCUCCCGCCCGCCCUGCGCUCACCCCCUCCCCUCCCAGAGCCGCUCCCUCGCCGCCUCCCUUUCCCUGGCUCCAUCCCUUCCCUCGGCUCCAUCCUUCCCCGCUGGAUGAGGCGGCCCCCUGCCCGCUGCUGACCCCUGCGGACCCCGGCUGUAGGAUGAGCCCGAAGGACUCGGAAGGGGCGAGGCCGCUCCGCUCCCCGAGGAGGAUCUAGUGGGGGGGCACCGACGCGACGCCGCCCCCCGCCAGGCACCUCGUCCUUCAUGGUGGCUCCCUGCGACCACCAUCUCGGAGCAGACGCGCAGCCCGGGGCCCGUGUGUGUGUCUGUGCGCGCCGCCGCCGCGGCCGCCCGAGUGAGGGAAAAUGUCCACUCGGACUCCAUUGCCCACGGUGAACGAGCGCGACACCGAGAAUGAUGUCGGCUCAUCAUUGGGGGAAGGCUUUUGCGAAAAGCACACGUCCCAUGGAGACGGACGGCAGGAAGUUUCCUCUCGGACUGGGCGCUCUGGAGCUCGCUGCAGGAACUCCAUAGCCUCCUGUGCUGAUGAGCAGCCACAUAUUGGAAAUUACAGACUCCUUAAAACGAUUGGAAAGGGGAAUUUUGCAAAAGUGAAGCUGGCAAGGCACAUCCUGACUGGCAGAGAGGUUGCCAUAAAAAUAAUUGACAAAACACAGCUGAACCCAACUAGUCUACAAAAGCUCUUUAGAGAAGUAAGAAUAAUGAAGAUCUUAAAUCAUCCAAAUAUAGUGAAGCUAUUUGAAGUCAUUGAAACUGAAAAAACUCUCUAUUUAAUAAUGGAAUAUGCAAGUGGGGGGGAGGUGUUUGACUAUCUGGUUGCACAUGGAAGAAUGAAGGAAAAGGAGGCAAGAGCUAAAUUUAGACAGAUAGUAUCUGCAGUGCAGUAUUGCCAUCAAAAGCAUAUUGUUCAUAGAGAUCUCAAGGCUGAAAAUCUAUUGCUAGAUGCAGAUAUGAACAUUAAAAUAGCUGACUUUGGUUUUAGCAAUGAGUUUACAGUUGGAAAUAAACUGGACACCUUUUGUGGCAGCCCACCAUAUGCUGCUCCAGAGCUCUUUCAAGGGAAGAAAUAUGAUGGACCUGAAGUAGAUGUUUGGAGUUUAGGUGUUAUUCUUUAUACUCUCGUGAGUGGAUCUCUUCCUUUCGAUGGACAGAACUUAAAGGAACUUAGAGAAAGAGUGCUAAGGGGAAAAUACAGGAUUCCUUUCUACAUGUCCACAGACUGUGAAAACCUCCUCAAACGCUUCCUGGUGCUAAACCCAACAAAAAGAGGCACUCUAGAGCAAAUUAUGAAGGACAGGUGGAUCAAUGCAGGGCAUGAGGAGGAUGAACUUAAACCUUUUGUUGAACCAGAACUAGACAUCUCGGACCAGAAAAGAAUAGAUAUUAUGGUAGGAAUGGGAUAUUCUCAAGAAGAAAUUCAAGAAUCCCUUAGUAAAAUGAAGUAUGAUGAAAUCACAGCUACAUACUUACUGCUAGGAAGGAAGUCAUCAGAGUUGGAUGCAAGUGAUUCAAGCUCCAGCAGCAAUCUUUCACUUGCCAAAGUUAGGCCAAGUAGUGAUCUUAAUAAUAGCACUGGACAAUCUCCUCAUCACAAAGUUCAGAGAAGCAUAUCUUCUAGCCAGAAGCAGCGGCGGUACAGUGAUCACGCUGGACCAUCCAUCCCCUCGGUAGUGGCAUAUCCUAAAAGAAGCCAGACUAGUACUACAGACAGUGACCUCAAAGAGGAAGGAAUUCAGUCAAGAAAAUCCAGCAGUAGUGCUGUUGCAGGAAGAGGAAUUGCACCAGCUAGCCCAAUGCUUGGAAAUGCCAGCAAUCCCAAUAAGGCUGAUAUUCCUGAACGUAAGAAAAGUUCAGCUGUCCCUAGUAAUAAUACUACCCCUGGAGCAAUGACACGGCGCAACACAUAUGUUUGUAGUGAAAGAACCACUGCUGAUAGGCACUCAGUGAUACAAAAUGGCAAGGAGAACAGCCUGACAGAAAUGUUCGCUUACGCAGCUAGCCCUGCUUCAGUUUGUACCACAUCCUUCUCCAGUGUUCGGCUGCGACAUCAGAAGUCGAUGUCCAUGUCAGCCUCUGUGCACACGAAGAUGAUGUUGCCUCCAAUAGACAAUGGCGCAGAUAACUUCAGGCCUAUCACCAUUCCCGAUCAGAGAACUCCCGUUGCUUCAACCCACAGCAUUAGCAGUGCGACCACCCCUGACCGUAUUCGUUUCCCCAGAGGAACGGCCAGCCGGAGCACGUUCCACGGGCAGCUGCGCGAGCGCCGCACCGCCACCUACAACGGCCCGCCCGCCUCGCCCAGCCUGUCCCACGAGGCCGCGCCGCUCUCGCAGACCCGCGCCCGCGGCUCCACCAACCUCUUCAGCAAGCUCACUUCCAAGCUAACCAGGAGAAACAUGUCAUUCAGGUUUAUCAAAAGGCUCCCGACUGAAUAUGAGAGGAACGGGAGAUUUGAGGGCUCAAGCCGCAAUGUAGCUGUGGAUCAGAAGGACGAGAACAAGGAAGCCAAGCCUCGGUCGCUGCGUUUUACCUGGAGCAUGAAAACCACCAGCUCCAUGGAUCCCAAUGACAUGAUGAGGGAAAUCCGAAAGGUCCUGGAUGCCAAUAAUUGUGACUAUGAACAGAGAGAGCGUUUCUUGCUUUUCUGUGUCCAUGGAGAUGGGCACGCGGAAAACCUUGUACAGUGGGAGAUGGAGGUGUGUAAACUGCCAAGACUGUCCCUGAACGGAGUUCGCUUUAAGCGGAUAUCGGGAACAUCCAUAGCUUUCAAAAACAUUGCUUCCAAAAUUGCCAAUGAGUUAAAGCUGUAACAAGAAAAAAAUAGUUAAGUUGUAAAUUAGUUAGCAAUUUAAAGUGUUUUUGAGAAUUCCGAUGGAAAUGUAUAGAAUAACAUUUAGGCAAUAACUUCUGCAUCCUUCUGAAUAGUGAUAUUAAAAAAAAAGCUGCUGAGCUGGGAGGGAGAGUUGGACUUUUUUAUAAGUGCACUACAGCAUUAAAGUUGCCUACUAUGUAAAAUAUUACCCCUUCUGCUUUAUUUCCAUUGCUCCUAAGUCUUUGACAACAAAUUGAAACACAGAAUAUAUUCAUUUAAAUAUGCCUCCUGUUUGUGUGGAUGUGUGAAUGUACAGUAUGUGUGUAUAAUAUAUAAAGUAUUAUAUGUAAACAAUUCAUUUACAACAUCGAGCUGUACCAGUACCUCUUUUUGGGCUAAUUUUGGUGCUAAAAAUUGAAAUGGCCAAGGAGGAAACACUUGAGUUAAUAUUUAAAAUGACUGAAGCAUUAACCAGUAAACGCAGGUUUACAGUUCACUGCUGUGUUAAGAAAAAAGUGUGUGAAGGGUUUGGAUUUAUGGUUGUUAACAUUAUUAGUCCUGUUUUCUAAGUAGAUCUCAUGAGAUAAUUAAAAAUUCACUUCUACUGAGUAAGUCUUGCAUUAUAUUUUGCCCACCUAUUUAUUAUUUAAGUCUGAAUCAAAUUUUAAUAAUGUAGUUAAUUUGUGCAUUAAUAUUUGGGUAAACGCUUCCAUUCUUCUGCUUCUGCUAAACUACUAAAACUGUACCUUUGUCCUUUUGGCUUAUGAGUAUUGAUUGCAGCUGAGAACAUUUUCCUGUUGUCCCUCUAGGGAAUGAGGCAGUGCAAAAGGAGGUGCUAAUUGCUGAGUAGAGGUUUUCUUUCAGAGUUAGACUAGGUGAGGCUGAUACAAAGCACAAAGGGACUCCCAAAUCAUGGCCAUUCCCUGCCAGCUCCGAGGCCUUGCUGCACACUGGGCAGUGCUGCCCCUCGCCUUGGGCACCUCAGCGUGGAAACCCAAAAGUGGGAAUCACAUUGGCUCCUGAUCUCCUCUGCCCAAGGUCCAGCUUGCUAAACCACAGCCGUGGGCAGGAGCAGUUGAGGCUGUUCUUGCAGCUCUCCCCCAGCGUGCUUCCCUUGGCUCCGGCUGUGCUGCUGUGGAUGGCUCUGUGCCAGCUCUGUGUGUCUGGCCGUGCUGCCGAGGGAGUCCCUGUCCCUGUCCCUGUCCCCUGCAGUGUGGAACCUGCCCCGAUGAGCUCUGAUGGCCAGCUGGCUUUCGGUAGGAUGUGAAGCUGCUCUGGGCAGCCCCCACUUUUUAACCAUCACAGCGGCAGAACAGAUUUGAUUUUGCAAACUAGCAUGAGGAGAUUUCUUCACGCGUUGUUUCCUACCGACCCUCAGUUUAUUUCAUCGAGGACUUGUGUAGAUAAUACCCUGCAUUAUCUACUUGACUUUUUGUAUUAAUGUUUUGUGGUUAUAUUUCAGUGAAGCACUUACGCAUGUACUUAACAUGUGCUUUAAACUGGAGCCUAAAUUUGCAUUUUAAAUUUGCAGUGAGCUAAUAGUUACUUAUAGUACACAGUUCAGAUUUGACCCGAGGUGAAAAUGCAAAGUCCUUAAUAUUUUGCAAGUUAGCUCUUGUGAUCUGUAGUCUGUGAAGGCAGCAGACUUCCCCUCUCUUUCCCCCCUAAGCAUUGAUAUUGAUUAUGCUAGUUUAAAGGGUAAUCAUAGUUGUUAAAUGUAGUAAAUAUUCCUGAAUUUGCAUUUUAUUCUCUGUAUAUUCUGUAUCAUGCCAUGGCUUGAGAACUCCAGGUGCUACUGGAGUUCAGUUGGCUUUCAGUGCUCUGCCCAUGCCUGUGCUGCUCAGUAUGGGUUUUUUCCACGAAAACUCCAUUUUGUAAUAGCAAUAAGACAUUUCAGGGCAGUCAUUGUACUUUCUCAGGUGAAUGGUCACCUAUCCUUUCACUCCCUACAUUUUAAGCACUCCUCCAAAUGUAUUUUUUUCACCUGGCAGUGCACUUUGUUGUCUGAACUGAAAAAGUGUUCUGAUAAAUUAUGUAAAUCUGUAUUCGAUGGAAGUUCCAAAAGGUUUCAUAUUAAAUGUUUUCUGAAAUACUCUCUUCCUA